AAAAGUGUGCUUUACUCAGAAUAAUAAUUUGUAGUAAUUCAGUCGCGGCCGGCAGUCCGCGGCCGUCGCACGGACGCGUUUAAAAAGUUUCAAUUAAAAAAAGAAAAAUAGUGGUCUGUUCGAUAUUCAAAAUGUUGCAAAAAGAGGAGAAAAAUAAGAAGCCACAAGAGGAGCCGAAUUUAUCAUACUACCAAAUUUUCCGCUACGCGAAAUGGUACGAACUCCUCGCAACAUACUGCGGUCUCGCUCUGGGCUUCCUCAGCGCUAUCGGGGUGUGUUUCAACCUGCUUCUCUAUGGGGAGCUGAGCACUUCGUUUGUGGAGCGAACUGGCUACCAAGAGGACACGUCUAGCUACAAACCUCUUUUGACGUUCUUUGGGGGCGGGAGGAUUCUGUCCAACGCUUCUCACGCAGCGAACAUGGACGCGCUGAUGGAAGACGGGGCGGCGAUGGGCAUCGGCAUGACGGUGGCCGUCGUGCUGUCCACCAUACUGUGCUACCUGUCUGUGAAGCUGAUCAACUGGAGCGCUUUUAGACAGAUAAUGCGGAUCCGUCUGAUGUUCCUCCGCUCGGUGCUGCGUCAGGACAUGAGCUGGUACGACACCGACACCAGCUUCAACCUCGCCUCCAGGAUGUCCGAAGACAUGACGAAGCUCAAAGACGGCAUGGGCGAGAAGCUAUCCGUGGUGGCGAACCUCAUCGGGACAGCCGUCAUUUGUUUCGCUCAGGCCUUCCCGCUGGGCUGGCAGCUGACCCUCACCUGCAUGACUGUCAUGCCCUUCUCUGUGCUGGCUUCGGUGCUGCUGUCCAGGUACCAAACAACAUCUUCAGGCCGUGAAAUGGACGCGUACAGCAAGGCGGGGAAGCAAGCUGAGGAGGUCCUGAAGUCCGUCAGAACCGUCAUCGCUUUUGGAGGAGAAGAGAAGGAGCUGGAUAGAUACCGAGGCUUGUUGGAGCCAGCCGAGCAGUACGGCAGCAGACGAGGCUUCUACAACGGGCUUGGGACAGGCUUCAACUGGCUCCUGACCUACACCUCCAACUCCAUAGGUCUCCUCUACGGCACUAGGCUGGUCCUGAACGACCUGUCCAAGCCUGUCGAUGAGCGGGAGUAUGUGGUUGGGUCUAUUUUUAGUAUAAUCUUCAGCGUAUACAUGGCGACCCAAUCUAUAACCUUCUGCGUGCCUCACGGAGAGACCUUCGCGUCAGCCGCUGCCGCCGCCACCUCCAUCUUCAAGCUCCUGGAGCAGGUCCCCGCUAUAGACUCCUUCAGUCCUGCUGGCUUGAAGCCGAAGAGGAUGAAGGGGGAUAUUACGCUGCAUGGCGUUCACUUCAGCUAUCCGGCUAGGCCUCAUGUGCAGAUCCUGAAGAACCUCUCCCUCCACAUCAAGGCGGGCGAGCGAGUGGCGCUAGUCGGCUCGUCAGGGUGCGGCAAGUCCACCAUCCUGCAGCUCGUGCAAAGACUCUACGACCCAGGAGCUGGUGAUGUCUGCAUUGAUGGGAGGAAUAUUAAAAGCAUGAAUUUGAACUGGCUGAGGUCUUCUUUAGGAGUGGUAGGCCAGGAGCCAGUGCUCUUCCGAGGAACAAUAUACGAGAACAUCGCGUUCGGAGCUGAUGAAGUGACUCCUGAGGAGGUCGUCAAGGCAGCUGAGAUCGCCUACGCCCACGAUUUUAUCAAGAAACUGCCUAAUGGCUACGAAACGAUUAUUGGUGAACGCGGAGCCUCCCUGUCUGGCGGACAGAAACAACGCAUAGCCAUCGCCCGCUCCCUGAUCCGGGAGCCAGCGAUCCUUCUCCUAGACGAGGCCACAUCCGCCUUGGACCCCGAGGGCGCGGAGCAGGUGCAGGCCGCGCUGGACCGCGCCAGCGAGGGCCGCACCACGCUCUCCGUGUCGCACAGGUUGUCGUCUAUAGUGAAUUCAGAUCGCAUCAUCUGCAUGGACCAGGGCACCAUCGUUGAGAGCGGCACUCACGAGGAGCUGUUGAUGAACAAAGGAUUCUACUGGAAACUGGUGACAGCAGGCAAAGAGCCAGACGUGAUCAAGACAAUAGUGGAAGAGGAGGGCGUGGGCAUCACCAACGUGGACGUGGUGGUACAGACCCCUGAACCAGAGACUCCCACUAGAGACGUGAAGAGGUCUAGCCGACGGGUACUGAGGAAGAACUCUGUGAGGAAAGGUUCAUUUGACUUCUUGGCCCCUCGAGAAUCUAUAUCUUCAGCUGCAUCUUUGGGUCUUCAGAGCUUCGGUUAUGUUGAGGAUGAAAUUGAAGAAGCUGAUGACGGCCUAGUCCCAGUCGACGCGUGGACCCUGCUGAAGCAGAAUGCCCCGGAAUGGGUGCUCAUAGUGAUCGGUUCAGUCGCGGCGUUCAUGCAGGGCGCUUGCUUCCCCGCGCUGGCUAUAGCUGUGGGGUACGCUGUCGGGAUCUUCCAAAACCCCAACAAGGCCGAGGUGCAGGCCAACUCGGACCUGAUCUCGGGCGUGUUCUUCAUCAUCGCGCUGGUGGCCGCCGUCGCCAUGUUCCUGCAGAGCAGCACCUUCACCAAGGCGGGGCUGAAGAUGACCACGAGGCUGCGGUUGCAGUACUUCGAGAGUUUGUUGAAACAGGAGAUGGGCUACUACGACAAAGCGUCCAACUCCGUGGGGGCUCUCUGCAACCGCCUCAGCAACGACGUGGCCGAGGUGAAGGGUGCCACAGGGAUGAGGAUCGGGCUGAUCCUGCAGGGGUUCAGCUCCGUGUUCAUCGGAGUCGUCAUCGGCCUGGUGCUGAACUGGAAGAUGGCGCUGGUCGGCGUUGUUAUGCUGCCGUUGAUUGUUGGCAGCAUCUGGAUGGAGGGCAUAGUGUCGCGGCAGUCGGAGGAGGACCAGCGGAACGCGCUGGAGACCGCCGCCUCCAUCGCCACCGAGGCCGUCGUCAGCAUACGCACCGUGCAGAGCUUGGCGGUCGAGCAAGUCUUCCUCGACAAGCUACAAGUCUCGCUCCAGACGGCCAUGGAGGCUCUCAGCAAGCAGACCAAGUGGCGCGGCCUGGUGCUGGGGCUCGGGAUCUAUGUGCCGUUCCUGUGCUUCAUCAGCGCGAUCGUGUAUGGAGUCCAUCUGGUGGCGAGAGAGGGCGAGGAGUACAGGAUUGUGUUGACAGUAACGCAAGGCAUAAUGUACGGGGCCUACAUGCUGGGUCACUCCCUGGUGUACGCCCCCAACUUCAACUCGGCCAAGGCGUGCGGCGCCCGGAUCCUCAGCACCAUCAACCGGGUGCCGCUGAUCAGGUCGGCUGAAGGGAUUGUUGAUGAAGAGAAAUGGAAGGCGACGGGUGACUUCAGCCUGAGCAAGCUGGAGUUCAGCUACCCUGCGCGGCCGCACCACCGCGUACUCAACGGACUCAGCCUCAAGGUGGAAGCGGGGAAAAAGGUGGCGCUAGUGGGGUCUUCAGGGUGCGGCAAGAGCACCAUCUUGCAGCUGCUCCAGCGCUUCUACGACCCUGACUCCGGGAGUAUCGAGCUGGACGGGCGAGACAUCCACACAUCGCUGUCUCUCUCGCACCUGCGGCGGCAGCUGGGCGUGGUCCAGCAGGAGCCGGUUCUAUUCGACAGGACCCUGGCGGAGAACAUCGCCUACGGAGACAACACUAGGAAGAUACCGAUGCACGAGAUUGUGGACGCGGCGAAGGCGGCUAAUAUUCAUAGUUUCAUUGUCUCUUUGCCAAAGGGCUACAACACAAACCUGGGCUCAGGCGGCGCACAGCUCUCCGGGGGCCAGAAGCAAAGAGUCUGCAUCGCUCGAGCGCUGAUCCGCUCGCCCAGACUUCUCCUACUAGACGAGGCGACGUCAGCCCUGGACGCGUCCAGCGAAAAGGUCGUCACCGAAGCGCUCGAAGCAGCCGCUAAAGGAAGAACUUGCAUUGCUAUAGCACACAGACUAUCCACUAUUAGCGAUGCGGAUGUCAUCUGUGUCGUUGAUAAAGGACAAAUCAUCGAGAAAGGCACUCAUGCGGAACUUAUCAACCUGCAGGGACACUACUGGAAAAUGAGUCAAGGACAACAUUUAUAAACAUUGAGGCACAAAUGUAAUUUAAUUAAUUAUACUUAGGUAUUAGAAAUGUAAUUCACAAAUUGAAACCAAAUGUGAUAUGAAAUUAACCUCUUAUAAUUAACUACAGUGUAGGUAUUUUAGAGUUAUUGCACAUUUUUUGGGUAGGUAGGUAGUUAGUUCCUAAAAGAAUUACCACAAAACCGGUUAAGACCAGGUUUAGCGGGAGUUUAAAGGUUGUUAAGCGAUGAGUUUCUGAUUUUUGAAGUAUUCAAACAUUAAUAGGCGCUGAAGUAAAAUGAAAUUGUGGCAAUAUUUUGUAAUUACAACUAAGUACCUACUAAGUAAUUACAACUAGUUACUAAGGCAUGCAUUAAAUUAGUCCUAAAUUUUAUUACUUAACUAUAUUAACGUCGAUUUUGCCAAAUGUAUAGUAAGAAAUGUGACUGUUGAGUAUCUUUUAGAUAGUUAUGGAUAGAAAAUUGUGUUAAAUAAAUUAAUGUAAGUACUUACCUA